UCAGUGUUUGCGCACCCGAGGUAUCAAACAGUAGAUCGUGUUUAGCAAACCUUUGCUUAAUCUGAAUGUGAAUUAUCAUCGUUCCUUGGGGUGAAUAAAUGAGAGUUAUCGCCAUUUGCCAAACAGCCCUCCAGUCCUGGGUUUGCAAACUCAGAACGGCAGUGUCAUUAGCAUCGGACGAGUUUGGUGUUUGUGCCGCUGGCCGGUUUUGUCCUCUCUCUCUCUCUCUCUCUCUCCUAUAUUUAACCGCUUCUCUCUUCCCUACCUCUUCCAUUGAAGCACCUGCGUCUCUCUCUCUCUCUCUCUCUCUCUCUGCACCUAAGACAAGCCUUUGACGUUUCUCGAUCCUGCUAAAUUCUAGUGUUAUUUUACAGAAAUUAGGGGAUUUUAUUUUACUGCUCUGGUCCUCGAAGAUUACUAAUUUGUUGGAAAUUAGUGGGUUCUGGAGUGUUCAGCACUUGAUACCAUACCAUGGCUAGCAUGACCCUUCCUACCAUCUGUGCCAUGACAAGUAUCCCAUCUUCAAGAAACACCCCUGGUCUUCGAAUCAAAGGCCCCUUUUCUUUGGGUACCACAAAGAACAUCUCAAAGGCCUUUGGGUUAAAGAAGUCCUCCUCUCUUUUCAAAGUCCAAGCAAUGGCAACUUACAAGGUCAAGCUUAUUGGUGCUGAUGGGGUUGAAAAUGAUUUUGAAGCACCUGAUGAUGUCUAUAUUUUGGACUCGGCUGAGCAGGCAGGGAUUGAGCUCCCUUACUCUUGCAGGGCUGGUGCUUGCUCCACUUGUGCAGGCAAGAUUGUGCAGGGAAGGGUUGAUCAAUCUGAUGGGUCUUUUCUCGAUGACGAGCAACUCAGCAAGGGCUAUGUGCUAACUUGUGUCUCGUACCCCACUUCGGAUUGUGUGAUCCACACCCACAAGGAAGGUGAACUCUACUGAGGGGACUCUCUCUCUCUCACACACACAUUGAAUAUCUGCUGAGAAUUUGCAUGCUUAUAUCUAGGAGAAAGUGAGCUUAGUGUUAUUUAUGUUGAGAGGACUUAAAAUUAGCUGCACUGUGUUGAUUUAAAUUUUGGGUUAACUGAUUAUUGAAGACUUUGUUGAAAACCCUCAUGAGCGUAAAAUUUAGGAAUAGUGUCUCUGUUUUCUCUUUUUGGUUCUAGAGGUUUUAUUGUUCUGCAUGUUUGACUUUGUGGAAGCAACAGCAUGAUUAACAUCUAUGGAAGCAUUAUGAAAUAUAGAAGGAAGAAUACUUAAUGUGAAA